UUUUUGCAUUAUUCGUCAUUCAAGCAAAAUCUGUUCUUUGUAUAAAAAAUUAGGAAAAAACAUUUUUUUAAUAAUACUUGAUAAAUAUUACGAAAUAAGAGAUGCAAGAUAAUCCGGAUUUAUAUGAAGAGGUGAAACUUUUCCGAAAUGCUAGAGAACGUGAGAAAUAUGAUAAUAUGGCAGAUUUAUAUGCGAUAAUUAAUACUUUGCAACAAUUGGAGAAGGCGUAUUUUCGUGAUUGUAUCACGCCUCAAGAAUACACAGCAGCUUGUUCGAAGUAUUUAGUGCAGUAUAAAGUAGCCUUUAAACAAGUACAAUGUGAUGAGUUCCCAACAGUUGACACAUUUGUGAAGAAAUUCCGACUUGAUUGUCCAGCUGCUUUGGAACGCAUACGAGAAGACCGUCCCAUAACGAUACGCGAUGACAAGGGUAACACAUCGAAAUGUAUUGCAGAAAUCGUAUCACUUUUCAUCACAAUUAUGGAUAAGUUACGUCUGAAAAUGAACACAAUGGAUGCUUUGCAUUUUGAUGUUAAGGACUUGGUUGAUAAUAUGAAUCGCCUUUCGCUCAUACCCAAAGACUUUGAUGCCAAACAGAAAGUUGAGACAUGGUUGAGUACUUUAAAUGAAAUGCAGGCUUCGGAUGAAUUAUCAGAGGCACAAGUAAGACAGUUUCUCUUCGAUCUGGAAUCAGCAUACGCCGAUUUCACUAAACUGUUACAUAGCCAAUAAAGAUCAACGUUAGUAUUUAGACAUAUGUAUUUAUAUUAUAAUUAAAUCUUUUGAAUUUUUCUUUUAAGUGUUAGCUUUAUACAUAAUUUUAA